CUACCACAAACCCCGUCGACAGCGAGCAUUCCGCCGCCGCCGCCGCCGCCGCCAUGCUCCGCCUCCAAAAGCGGCUGCUCUCUCUCCUCAGCGACGGCGGCGCCUCCGCUCUCCCCACCUCUCCCCUCACCUCCCUCCGCCGCCACCUCUGCGCUACCGCCACCACGACCACCUCCGACGAUUCCCCUUUCUCCGUCCAGGACUACCUCGUCAACACCUGCGGCCUCACCCGGGCGCAAUCCCUCAAGGCGUCCAGGUCCAUCUCCCAUCUCAGGUCCCCCUCCAACCCCGACGCCGUCCUCGCCUUCCUCGCGGGCCUCGGCCUCUCCAGCUCCGACAUCGCCACCGUCGUCGCCGACGACCCCAAGUUCCUCUGCUCCAAGGUGGACGAGACCCUCGCCCCCCGCGUCGCCAAGCUCCGCGAGAUCGGCCUAUCCCCCUCCAAGAUCGCGCAACUCGUCUUGAUCGGCGCCCGCGCGCUGCGCUCCUGCGACGUCGCCAGCAGGCUUCAGUUCUGGAUCCCACUGUUCGGCUCCUUCGACAAAUUGGUCCAGGGCGUGUCGAGGGGAGCUCUGGGAGGCGGUUCCCUCCUAAGGCGUGACAUUGACACGGUGGUUAAGCCCAACGUCGAGCUACUUCUGCGCUGCGGGUUACAAAUCCCUCAGCUCGCCAAGACUGGCCUCAGUGGGACGUGGGUGAUCGUCUGCAGCCCAGAAAAGCUCCAGACCCUAGUCGCACGCGCCGAUGAGCUCGGGGUACCACGUGGCUCGGGCCAGUUCAUGUAUGCGCUUGCAACCGUCUCCUGCGUAACCCAAGAGAAGCUUGCUUCAAGAAUGGAGUUACUGAAGAAGACCCUUGGCUGCUCCGACGACAUGCUGAAAAUUGCGGUCGUCAGGCACCCAAGCGUCCUAAGAUCAUCUGAGGACAACCUGCGCAGCACGGUAGAGUUCCUGAUCAACAAGGCCGGUCUCGAGCCAAAGUACAUCGUGCACAGGCCUGCGCUGAUCACCUACAGCCUGAACGCGAGGCAUGUGCCUCGAUAUAUUGUCAUGAAGAUACUGCAGGGCAAGGGACUUCUGAGUUGUGACUAUUGCUCAGUGAUUGCUGCGAGCGAGAAGUACUUCAAUUCAAGAUUUAUCGACUGUUACAAGGAGAAUGUUCCUGAGCUUGCAGAUGUGUAUGCCGCUGCUCGUGCAGGGAAAAUACCUCCUCACCUCCAACCUUGACACAUUUUAGGGAUAUUGAAGGUUAAUAUAUUUUCUCAUGGUCCUAGCUAUUCACAUAGCACUAGUAUUGUCUUUGUAUCCUCUGUUCAUUUUAGCAUUCCGACUGAAACUGAACUGCCACUGAUCUUAUUGACGGCCGCGACAAGUUCCAUUUGCUGAAACAUAUGAAAUGGUUAAAGUUCUGGUUCUGUUGCCA